AACCCUGAGAAAGGAGCUGCAACUCGGGUCGCUCGCUCAGCGGUGGCUGAUUUCGGAUUGAGCCGUUCGAAAAAGCCGCCCAUGGCCGAACUGCAAUAAUUUCCUUCGGAAAGUCUGCCAACGGGGAAGGAAGAUUCCCCGCGAUUGGAAUGCUGUGUCCAGCUCCAAGGCUGGGCGGAGGACGUGGGCAGAGCGCCUGGUAAAGCGAGAUUGCCAUAAGCGCCCCGCGCAGUUCGGGGUAUUGUUUCGCCUUUCGUUCCGCCAAGCAGCUGUGCUCUGGGGCCUCUGAUGCACCCCUUCCAGUGGUGUAACGGAUGCUUCUGUGGUCUGGGACUGAUCUACAGCAACAAAACGUGCACCAUGCCUCCCAUAACUUUCCAGGACUUGCCACUGAACAUCUAUAUGGUGAUUUUUGGCACAGGUGUCUUCAUCUUUGUACUCAGCCUUAUUUUCUGCUGUUACUUCAUUAGCAAACUUCGGCAUCAAGCACAAAGUGAAAGAUUUGGAUACAAAGAGGUGGUUUUGAAAGAUGAUGCCAAAAAACUAAAUUUACAUGGGCAGACUUGUGCCGUCUGCCUGGAAGACUUUAAAGUGAAAGAUGAACUGGGAGUGUUGCCAUGCCAACAUGCCUUCCACAGAAAGUGCCUUGUGAAGUGGUUGGAAGUUCGAUGUGUUUGUCCUAUGUGCAAUAAGCCUAUAAGAGGUCCCUCAGAGCCUCACCAAAACAUUGGAAUUCUCCUGGAUGAACUAGUGUGACCAUCUUCCGGCCUACAUCCCCCCCCCCC